AUGCCCUCAAGCAAACCGCCGAUCCCCCCGGGAACCAACUGCAUCGCCUCCAUCAAGGGGAUCCCUUGGCCAGUUGUGAUCUGUUCCGAUGAGGUCGCUCCGGCGAAAUUCCUUGCUAUACGCAGAGAGCAAGCUCAUAUACCUGUGAUUCAGCUGGGUCGAUACAGAUACAUUUUCAUCCACAAUGAGCUGCUUAAGCCUGCUGAACCCCACAUAGAUUACUUGAAGGGUCUCAAAGCCUUCGUAGACCCUGAAAUUCAGCCUGGUGAUGGUCCAGAGAUCAUCGAGGAAAAGCAGCGGCGAAGAGCGUUCCGAGACUUACAGGCCUUCGAAGAUGACAGAUUCUGGGCAAAUUACAUCAAGAACCAGUCUGAAGCGCGCAAGAUCGAAAUGGAGUUACGUCGAAAGCGCCACCCUAUCCAGCAGACAUAUCGCGUGCCGAAUGACAGUCUCCAUGGCCGGCGCGAAGGCCACUUAGAGCAGCCCUCACCACCCCCAAAACGGCAGAGAGUUGACGUAGGUAGCUCUAGUCGUCAACCUCAAAGCCCAAGGUAUGCCGCGAGAGCUGGUCUCAGCAAGAGUCGACAUGAUUCCGUAAUGGAAACAAUCGAUAUUUCUCACGAGGAUGAGAACAAGGCUUUCGUUUCCGGUCCUUUCCAAUCUUCAGCACCAGCACCAACAUCUUCUCGAAGAUCGGACAUCGAUACAUUUUCCAGAAAGGUCUAUCAAUCUAUCGAGAAGCCAAGCGAGUCCAUCGGCGAACCCACCACAACCUCGUCGACAGAACCUGGACCACAGGAAUGCCGCAUCGUGUUCCCACACGGCGACCCGAACUGGCUCAUCGUCAAGCGAAGCUUGAUCUCAAAAUGUCACUACCUCGCAGUCCGAGCAUGUGAUGAUGAUGGCGCAACUGAACUGAAUCUGGAAAAAGACGACCGCGCUGGCGAAACAAAUCUAGCUGCUAGCGAUAUCGCUGCUGUCCGAGAAUAUUACAGUACCGGCGAAAUCGGCCCAAGACUCGUCAACGAUCCAGAGGAAGACCCCCAAAUCUCCAGACUCGAUCAGAAGCCACAGAGAAAAUUCCUCCAUGCUGAAGCGCUAGGCAAGGCGUUCGUGACAGCGGUAAAGAUCGGAGAUGAGCCUCUCCAAGAGCUUAUCUACAAGAAGCUGGGUGCUUUGUAUCCACUUACUCCCUUCGGAAUCAUCAUCCUGGCACGAUGUGCCUCGGACCUUCCAAAGCCAAUGACCGAUGCACACCAGAAUAUUCUCAGCUUGAUCACAACGCAGAUCGUCGACUACUACUGGGUGAUAAUGAAGCAGCACUCAAGCUUGCUGCAGAAGAUCCUUGAGAGCGACGAUACGCUGCGUGCCACGGUCUUCAACAGGCUGAGGGAUAAUCCGCAAGCCGGGAAGCUCGGGCUGGGCGGUGUAUUUCGCGAGGAAUGA